UAUUUAUAUUAAUCAGAAGAUUAUAAAUUGAACUAUUAUUUUUAAUUCUUUCUUUCAAAAAUUCUUUUGAAUUUAGUUAUGAUGGACGUAUUGAUCGUGUUGAAGCUCGUAUAACAUCAUUAUUACGUGAUCAACUUGGUACAGCUAAAAAUGCUAAUGAAAUGUUUCGUAUAUUUUCACGUUUUCAUGAAUUAUUUGUUCGUCCACAUAUUGGUGGUGCUAUACGUGAAUAUCAAACACAAUUAAUUCAACGUGUUAAAGAUGAUAUUGAAUCAUUACAUGAAAAAUUUAAACAACAAUAUGUACAUUCAAAAGCAAAUCGUAUAAGUCGUUCAAAUGAUUUACCACCAACAAGUGGUUCAAUAAUAUGGGCUAAACAAAUUGAAAAACAAUUAAAUACAUAUUUAAGACGUGUUGAAUAUGUUUUAGGUAAAAGUUGGGAACAACAUGUUGAAGGACAACGUUUAAAACAAGAUGGUGAUAAUUUUCGUAGUAAACUUAAUACACAACCAUUAUUUGAAGAAUGGACAAAAAAUGUUCAACAAAAAAAUCAUGGUUUAACAGGAAAAAUUUUUGCAACAGAAUCAACACGAACAUUACAUGGAUUAGUAACAAAAUUAAAAGUUAAUUUUUCACCAGAAAUUAUUAUGUUAUCAAAAGAAGUUCGAAAUAUUCGUGCACUUGGUUUUCGUGUUCCAUUACCGAUUAUUAAUAAAUCUCAUCAAGCUAAUGUUUUAUAUCCAUUUGCUGUAUCAUUAAUUGAAAGUGUUCGAACAUAUGAUAAUGCAAUUGCAAAAUUAGCUGAUCGUCCAUCAUCUCAACUUCUUGUUGCAUCACUUAAACGUGAUAUUCAAUCACAUAUAAAUGAAGGUGCAAAUUAUGUUUGGGAAUCAUAUCGUUUAGAACCAUUUGUUCAUAAAUUUUCUGAAGCUAUUUAUACAUUUCAAGAACGUGUUGAUGAAUUAAUAUCUGUUGAAAAUUCAAUUGAUCUUGAAUUAAAAUCACUUGAUACAUGUUCAUAUAGACAACAAUCAUUUCAAGAUAUACUUGGAAAAAUUCAAAAAUCUGUUGAUGAUUUAUCACUUCGUCUUUAUUCAAAUUUAGCUCAAUGGGUACAACAAUUAGAUGAACAAAUUGAAAAAAAAUUAGCUAUAAGACUUCAAACAGCUAUUAUUAUGUGGUCAAAUGCAUUAAAACAAGGUAAUGAAAAUAAUUUUGAUGAACAACAAAAACGACGACGAAGUACAUUUAUUGAUGAAGAUGAUCUUCUUAUAUCAUUAAAAACAAAUAAUGAUCAAACACCAACAAUACGUACAUUAUUACAUCAAUUACGUACAAGUAAUCAAUUACUUUAUGUAUCACCACCAAUGAAUGAUGCACGUGAACAACUUAUACUUGAAUUAUAUGAAUAUGAAGGUACAAUAACAAAUCAAAAACGUAUACAACAUUCACGUUAUCAACUUGGUAUUGAAUCUGAAUCUGAAUAUAAAACAACAUUUAAAAGUUUACUUAAUAAAUUACCAAUGAAUUCUAAACCAUUAGAAGAUGCAUAUGAAACAAUUGAAUCAUUAAUAAAAGCAGCUGAUGAUUAUGUUAAUACAUGGCUUGAUUUUCAAUCAUUAUGGGAUUUACAAAGUGAUCAACUUUAUACACGUCUUGGAAAAGAUAUAACAAAUUGGAUGAAUUGUUUAAAUGAAAUGAAAGAUGCAAGAAAAACAUUUGAUACACAAGAAACAUUAAAACAUUUUGGACCAAUUACAAUUGAUUAUAAUAAAGUACAAACAAAAGUAACAAUGAAAUAUGAUUCAUGGCAUAAAGAAAUUUUAUCAAAAUUUGGUACAAUGCUUUCACAAGAUAUGCAUGAAUUUCAUGCACAUGUUAGUAAAGCACGUACUGAUCUUGAAUCACAAUCAUUAGAAGCAUCAACAACAGCUGAAGCUGUUGGAGUUAUUACUUAUGUACAAGCAUUAAAACGAAAAAUGAAAAAUUGGGAAAAACAAGUUGAAGAAUAUAAAGAUGCACAAAAAAUUCUUGAACGUCAACGUUAUCAAUUUCCAUCGAAUUGGUUAUAUGUUGAUAAUAUUGAUGGUGAAUGGGGUGCAUUUAAUGAAAUACUUGCACGAAAAAAUUCUUCAAUACAAAAUCAAGUUGUACAAUUACGAAAUAAAAUAGCUGCUGAAGAUAAAAUUGUUGAAACACGUACAAAUGAUUUAUUAUCUGAAUGGGAAAAAGAUAAACCUGUUGCUGGACAUUUAAGUCCUGAAGAUGCAUUAGGACAAUUAGCAACAUAUGAUAUUAAAUUAAUGAAAUUAAAAGAAGAACGUGAUAAUAUAAUUAAAGCUAAAGAAGCAUUAGAAAUAACUGAAUCAACAACAACAAUAAAUCAAUCAGCACAAAAUCGUGUACGUGUACAGGUUGCAUUAGAAGAAUUAUUAGAUUUAAAAGGUGUUUGGAAUGAAUUAAUGUUAAUAUGGAAACAAAUAAAUGAAUUAAAAGAAAAACAAUGGAUUACAAUACAACCAAGAAAAUUACGUCAAUCAUUAGAAGAAUUAGUACAACAAUUAACAAAUUUACCACAACGUUUACGUCAAUAUGAUUCAUAUCAACAUGUUAAAAAUGUUUUACAACAAUAUAUUAAAGUAAAUAUACUUGUUACAGAAUUAAAAUCUGAAGCAUUAAAAGAACGUCAUUGGAAACAAUUAAUGAAACGUAUGUCAAUAAUAUGGAAUUUAAAUGAUAUGACAUUAGGACAAGUAUGGUCAAUUGAUUUACAACGACAUGAACCAAUAAUAAGAGAAAUAUUAACAAUAGCACAAGGUGAAAAAGCAUUAGAAGAAUUUUUAAAACAAGUUAGUGAAAUAUGGAAAACAUAUCAAUUAGAAUUAAUAAAUUAUCAACAAAAAUGUAAAGUUAUUAAAGGUUGGGAUGAUUUAUUUAAUAAAAUUAAAGAACAUAUUAAUUCAAUAACAGCUAUGAAAUUAUCACCUUAUUUUAAAGAAUUUGAAGAAGAAGCUAAUGUAUGGGAAGAUCGUCUUAAUCGUAUAAAUGCAUUAUUUGAUGUUUGGAUUGAUGUACAACGACGUUGGGUUUAUCUUGAUGGUAUAUUUGGUUCAAGUGUUGAUAUAAAACAUUUAUUACCAGUUGAAACAAGUCGUUUUCAAAGUGUAUCAACAGAAUUUUUAUCAUUAAUGAAACGUGUUAGUAAAUCACCACUUGUUAUAGAUGUUUUAAAUAUUCAAGGUGUACAAAAAACUUUAGAACGUUUAGCUGAAUUAUUAUCUAAAAUACAAAAAGCUUUAGGUGAAUAUCUUGAACGUGAACGUGCAUCAUUUCCAAGAUUUUAUUUUGUUGGUGAUGAAGAUUUACUUGAAAUAAUAGGUAAUAGUAAAAAUAUUGGACGUUUACAAAAACAUUUUAAAAAAAUGUUUGCUGGUGUUCAUACAUUAUUAAUGAAUGAUGAUAAUACAAUUGUUCAUGGUGUUAUUUCAAAAGAAGGUGAAGAAGUACAUUUUUAUAAUCAUAUAUCUAUUAUGGAUACAUCUAUUAAUGAAUGGUUAACAAAAGUUGAAAAAGAAAUUAGUUUAACAUUAGCUAAAUUACUUUCACGAGCUAUUCCUGAACUUAUUAAAAUUCAAGAAAAUCUUACAGAUACAGAUGCUUUUAUUCAAUGGCUUGAUCAAUAUCAGGCUCAACUUGUUGUAUUAGCAUUUCAAGUUUCAUGGUCCGAAAGUAUUGAACGAAUUCUUGAACAAAAAUCUAAAACAAAUAAUAAUGAUAUACUACCAGAUGCACUUCAACGUAUUGAAUCAACACUUGGUAUACUUGCUAAUAUGGUUUUAGGUGAUCAACCAACAGUACGUCGACGAAAAUUAGAACAUUUAAUUAUUGAACAUGUACAUAAACGUGAUUGUACACGUACAUUAAUUGAAAAAAAAAUUGGAGAUGCACGUAAUUUUGAAUGGCUUUCACAAAUGCGUCUUUAUUUUGAUCCAACAAUUACUAAUGUUCUUGAACAACUUAAAAUUCGUAUGGCUAAUGCAGAAUUUCAUUAUGGUUUUGAAUAUCUUGGUAUACAAGAUCGUCUUGUUCAAACACCAUUAACUGAUCGAUGUUUUUUAACAAUGACACAAGCAUUAAAUGCUAAAUUCGGUGGAUCACCAUUUGGUCCUGCUGGUACCGGUAAAACAGAAUCAGUCAAAGCACUUGGUCAUGCACUUGGUCGUUUUGUACUUGUUUUUAAUUGUGAUGAAUCAUUUGAUUUUCAAGCAAUGGGACGUCUUUUUACUGGUCUUUGUCAAGUUGGUGCUUGGGGUUGUUUUGAUGAAUUUAAUCGUUUAGAAGAACGAAUGUUAUCUGCUGUAUCACAACAAAUUCAAACAAUUCAAGAAGCUUUAAGAGAAUUAACACAUAGUGAUAAUAAGAGUGCAUUAAAAAUUGAACUUGUUGGUAAAUCUGUUUCUGUUAAUCCUAAUAUGGCUAUAUUUAUAACAAUGAAUCCUGGUUAUGCUGGUCGUUCAAAUUUACCUGAUAAUCUUAAAAUGCUUUUUCGUAGUUUAGCUAUGACUGUACCAGAUAAAGUUUUAAUUGCACAAGUUAUGCUUUAUUCACAAGGUUUUCGUCAAGCUGAAUUACUUGCAUCAAAAAUUGUUCCAUUAUUUACAUUAUGUAGUGAACAAUUAUCUCAACAAUCACAUUAUGAUUUUGGUUUACGUGCAUUAAAAAAUGUUCUUGUUAUGGCUGGUAAUCUUAAACGUGAUCGUAUUAAAACUGAUGAACAAAAAACUGACAGUGAACAAGAAAUUGUUAUACAAGCUAUUAUGGAUAGUUUUGUACCACGUUUAGUAGCUGAUGAUCUUGUUUUAUUAAAUAGUUUAUUAAAUGAUGUUUUUCCACGUGCAGCUUAUAUUAGACCAGAAAUGACAAAAUUAAAAGAAGAAAUACAAAAAGUAUCAAAAGAAAUGUUUUUAGUAUGUGAUGAAUUAUGGAUGGAAAAAGUUUUACAACUUUAUCAAAUUAUUAAUUUAAAUCAUGGUUUAAUGUUAGUUGGACCAUCGGGUUGUGGUAAAACAACAGCUUGGAGAGUUCUUUUAACAGUUUUAAAUCGAUUAGAAAAUUCCGAUGGACAAGCACAUGUUAUUGAUCCAAAAGCUAUUUCAAAAGAUGAUUUAUAUGGUUUUCUUGAUCAAAAUACACGUGAAUGGACCGAUGGUUUAUUUACUCAUACUCUUCGUAAAAUAAUUGAUAAUGUACGUGGUGAAUUAAGUAAACGUCAAUGGAUUAUAUUUGAUGGUGAUGUUGAUCCUGAAUGGGUUGAAAAUUUAAAUUCUGUACUUGAUGAUAAUAAAUUAUUAACAUUACCAAAUGGUGAACGUCUUAAUUUACCAUCAAAUGUUCGUGUUAUGUUUGAAGUUCAAGAUUUACGUUAUGCAACAUUAGCUACAGUAUCACGUUGUGGUAUGAUAUGGUUUAGUGAAGAUGUUCUUUCAUUAUCAAUGAUAUUUGAAAAUUAUUUUCUUCGUAUACAAAAUGUACCAGUUAGUGAUGAAGAAAUUGAAACAAAUUUUCCAAGUAGUUUAACAAAUGAAGAUAUAAAAACAACAAAUGAUAAUAAUCAAACAUUAUCAACAACAGUUGCUUUACAACGUUUUAUUGUUAAUAUAUUAAAACCACAUUUUCAACAUGAUAAUAGUCUUGUUAUAAAAGCACUUGAUUUUGCAUUAAAUCAAGAACAUAUUAUGGAUUUUACACGUUUACGUCCAUUAAAUUCAUUAUUUUCAAUGCUUAAUCAAGGUAUAAGAAAUAUACUUAAAUAUAAUCAAACACAUCCAGAUUUUCCAAUGUCACAACAACAAAUUGAACUUUAUAUGACACGUUGGUUAAUUUAUUCACUUUUAUGGUCAUUUGUUGGUGAUUGUAAAUCAAAAAUAAGACAUGAAUUUGGUGAAUAUAUUCGUGCAGUAACAACAAUACAAAUGCCAGCUAAUCAAUCUAUACCAUUAAUUGAUUAUGAAGUAACAAUGGAUGGAGAAUUUUCUCCAUGGAUAUCUAAAGUACCAUCAAUUGAAAUUGAAACACAUCGUGUUGCUGCUACAGAUCUUGUUAUACCAACAAUUGAUACAAUACGUCAUGAAACAUUAUUAAAUACAUGGUUAGCUGAACAUAAACCAUUAGUUUUAUGUGGACCACCUGGUAGUGGUAAAACAAUGACUUUAUUUAGUGCAUUACGUGCUUUACCAGAUUUUGAAGUUGUUGGUUUGAAUUUUUCUUCGGCAACAACACCUGAAUUAAUGUUAAAAACAUUUGAUCAUUAUUGUGAAUAUCGAAAAACUCCAAAUGGACUUGUUCUAUCACCUAUACAAUUAAAUUCAUGGAUUAUUAUAUUUUGUGAUGAAAUUAAUUUACCUGAUGAAGAUAAAUAUGGUACACAACGUGUUAUAUCAUUUAUACGACAAAUACUUGAACAUGGAGGAUUUUAUCGUACAUCUGAUCAACAAUGGGUUAAACUUGAACGUUUACAAUUUGUUGGAGCUUGUAAUCCACCGACAGAUCCUGGACGAAAACCUCUUUCACAUAGAUUUCUUCGUCAUGUACCAAUUAUCUAUGUUGAUUAUCCAGGUGAAACAUCACUUAAACAAAUCUAUGGAACAUUUAAUCGUGCAAUGCUUCGUAUUAUUCCAUCACUUAAACCAUGGGCUGAUUCAUUAACUAAUGCUAUGGUCGAAUUCUAUCUUCUUUCUCAAGUAAAUAUUUGUUUGUUUUUUGUUUGUUUUGGUGAUUCUUCAUAG